AUGUUGGACUACGUGGGCGGCGUUCUCCACUGCGAUGGCAUGGACCUGGUGACCCUGACCUCGGACCUCGGGGCGAAGGGCAUCACCACGCCCUACUUCCUCUACAGCGAGGGGCAGAUAAGGGACAAUGCCAACGGCUACCUGUCGGAAAUCCCCUCCGACCUCCGCGAUCGCAUCGUGGUCGGCUACGCCCUGAAAGCGAACCCGAACCCUGAGAUCCUGGGCGUGCUGCGCCGCGCGGGAAUGGGAGCAGAGACCGUCUCGGGGUCGGAGGUGCGCCUCGCCCGGCGGGAGGGAUUCCCGCCCCUGCUCAUCAUGUACAACGGCAACGGGAAGGAAAUCUGGGAGAUCCUCUACGCCGUGAAGGAGGGCUGCCUCAUGAACAUCGACUCCCUCUUCGACGCCGCGCGGAUCGCCCGCGCCUGCGACGAGCUCGCGACCCCCGCCUCCCUCCUCCUCCGGGUGAAGGCCAACCUCCCGCAGCCGGACUCGGUCCAUUCGCACGGGACCGCCGCCGGUUCCAAGUGUGGCGUGGAGCUCGAUGACGUCGAGGAGGUGAUUCCACCACUUUUGGCCCGAUGGGCCAUGAGACGCCGAAAAAUUCCCCGCAAAAAAAAUUUCCCUCUUCAAUCCCGUUCCAUCCAGAUCCUCGAGCUGAUAAAGCGCCACCCGCUGAUGAAUCUGGUCGGACUUCACUCCCACCUCGGCAGCACCAUCACGGACCCCUCGACCCUGGUCGAAAACUUCCGCUUCCUCGCCGGCCUCGGGGAAAAGCUCCGCGCGGACGGCUGGACGAACCUGGACACCCUGAACCUCGGAGGCGGCCCCGCCAUCGACUACCGGCGAGACGGUUCCACCCACGCACCCCCGCCGUGCGAUCUCAUGCGUCACGUCGUCUCCGCCUUGAGGGAAGCCGCCUUCCCCUGGCGACUGUGGCUCGAGCCCGGCCGUUCCAUCGUCGGCAACGCAGCCGUUCUGGUGACCCGCGUCCUGGGAACGAAAGGAAACGCCAAGCGGAAGCAAUUCCUGGUUGCGGACGCGGCCAUGACCGACUUCUUGCGGCCGUGCCUCCCUGGCACUUACCACCACAUCAGCCCGGUCGUCCAGAGCCGACACGAGAAGCAUCCACGAAUAAACGUUCAAAUUUUAAUAUUUUUUCUAACGAAGCAUCGGCCGUCUCAGGAAUCGGACGAGAUGGACGUGGUCGGCGGCGUCUGCGAAUCCUCCGACGCGAUGGGGCGAAACCGGCGCCUCCCCCGCUCCCUCCCGGAAGGGAGCCUCCUCGCCGUCUGGGACGCGGGCGCGUACGGGAUCGUGUUCGGGUCCAACUACAACCUCCGGCCCCGGCCGGCCGAGGUCAUGGUCUCGGGGCGGGGAUGGAAGGUCAUCCGGCGCAGGGAGACUUUCGAUGACUUGGUCCGGCUCUACGACAAGUGCGAUUGA